AUGCCAGCUAUAUAUUUGGACUACACAAAGCCACACGCGCAACAACAGCCUACACCCCAUCUCGCUGAUCUCGGCUGGUUCGAGCAGAUGCAGAUGCAGUUUCAACUACCAAAACAAGAGUCGAUGUUUAGACACUGGGAGAAUCCGUCUCUGCCUAUUGCCGGGGUUAACAUGGUUCCUCGCGGAGUUUUGAAUGAGACAAUCGCCAGUGGCAGCAGUAGCAAUGAGGAUGACGAUGUGAUGCCCCCAUCCAUUCGUGUCAGAGAUUUCGAUGCAAACAAAGACAAAAAAUUGGCCAUAGACGGCAUGAAAGUGCUGCCAAUAACAAUCUCAGUAUUCGUUUUCGCCGUGCUGCUCAUCGCCUUUGUCUCGCUCAUCAAGUGCUACAGACGCAGGCAAAAGGCCAAGAGCGAAGCGAUGGAAGUGGAGGACGAAACAGUCGGUAGCUCGUCAAAGACCUCGCUGUCGUCCGGUAGUUCUUUCGACGAUAUUAAAGCGAUGGAAAAUAAGCACACCAAGGACAUGAAAGAUAUCCAACCAAUCCAUCCAGCCGUCCUCGACAAAUAUACUACCGCUCCCACCAAGAUAACAAAUUUGAGACAACUCCAGGCCAUGCAGAAGGAGUCGCAGAGACAAGCACCAACAAUGCGUCAAUGGACACCGGGUAGCUCUCCUAUUGCACCACCAGUUAAACCGUGGACUAAUCACUUACCUAUCAAGGACAAGCGCUCUCCUAAACAGAGCAGUCCAUAUCCGAUAGUAAAAGAUAACGAAUUGCCGGCUAUCCCACAAGAUGCUUUCACAUCUCCCAACUUUGCCUCACAUUACGCUUACUACUCCAGUCCGCGUGCAGGUGUGGGUAGAAAAGGUCGCACUUCAACUAGGCGUUGA